UCACAUUUUUCUCCCUAAAACUCCAUGCAAGUUCGGCAAACAUGCCGCCCAUCAAUGGCAUAGAUCAUGAUAUUGAAGAGAGCGACAUUGUGCAUUAUCUACCAGAACACAUCAUUGGUAAGAUAUUGAUCAACUUGCCAGUUAAGUCUCUUCUGCGAGUUAGGUGUGUAUGCAAGUCUUGGCGCAACAUCACCGUGCACUCGAAUUUCAUUCAACAAUACAAUGUCAGACGCAGAGUCAGACACAGAUUGAAGAAUUCCUUUUUGCUGCAACAACUCAUAAACCCUUCAUGUCAUCGUUGUUUAGUUGCUCGCGAAGAUCAAAUCUUUCAAGUAUUUAUACAACACUGGGACAUCCAAUUUGGCGAGACGAUAGUCCAUUCCGCCUCCGCUGGCCUCCUGUGUUGCGAAAGCUGGGCACAAGGGGGACAGUUCUUCGUUUGCAAUCCCACAACGAGAGAGUUCAUUGAGCUCCCAAGAGCCAACUCGGACAUUGGAACUUGUUGCAUAGCGAUGGUUGCUCAAACUUCUGAGCCUUACGAUUACCAAGUAGUGCGCCUCUCCAAUUAUGAGCAUUCGGAUUCGAUUUUGAAAUGUGAGGUCUUCAAUUCACAUUCUUGGAUGUGGAGAUUAAUUAGAAUUGUACAUCUACAUCAUGGUUACGAAUUGGACACGAGUUCUAGUGUAUUAGUUAAUGGAGUAUUCCAUUGGAUAGUUCAUAUUAACAUUGAGGAUGAGGAUGAAGAUGAAGAUGAGGAUGAGAAUGGCAGUCCCUACAUAUUGGCACUACAUAUAGAUGGCACUGGCUUCGGCGAGAUAAUCGGCCCACGACUAGAGUGGGCCUCUCGUAUUGCAGAGAGUGAAGGGAAUCUAUGCGUAGUUUAUGACUUGGAUAUUCAGUUUGAGGUGUGGGUUUUAAGAGAUUUUGUCAAAAGGGAUUGGUUUAGAAAAUAUGUAGUAAACUUGGAAACAAUUGCAGUGGCAUCCAAUUGGCACUGCUUGGGUUUACUAGAAGAAAACAUGUUUAUAGAGAAAGAUAAAAAGGACCUAUAUUUUUAUUAUGUCAAAAGUGGAAGGUUUAUGGAGAUUGAGCCUGGUUGCCCAGUGACAGAAAUUGAUGAAUUUUUGCCUAUUGAGUAUAGUCUCUUGCCAUGUAAGAGGAUUGUUAGGUCCAGUUAA